UUCGUCGUUGAGAGCAAUAGCGAUGGUCGUUGGCGUCGAGUGGUCGGUCACGCUUCCGGACGGUUUCGCGGUCCGCGUCCAGAAAGACAUGCUGGAGCUUGUCCACGAGUACUCGGACAGCUCGCCCGAGACGCGCGAGAUCGACGCGUACCAAGCUGGGUACAAGGUCGCCACGAAUACCCGACGUCCAAGGUGUUUUCGCGCAAAAACCACUCCUCGGGCUACGGUGAAUUCCUUGUCGUUGGCAACGCCGACGUGACGAUCGACGAGUACGUCGAGCUCACGUACUGCGAGUGCGAAGAGACGUUUCGGACGCAGCAGACGCUUUUUUACGCCGAGGACCUCCUUGACGCACGCGUUCUCAACGUCACGCUCGCGCGCUGCGACGACGACCCGUUUCGACACUUUGGUGUCCGCUACAAGAAGAUGAACAUGGCGUACAACGGUGUGUUUGCGCCGCGGGAUACCACCUACGUCGAGUGCACCGGGUCAUUUGUCAACAAGAAGGGUCUCCGCGGCGUCUACUGUGUCCGCGAAUCCAUGGACUUUGACGAAAUCCCCGAGAUACCUGGCGUCGUGCGGUUCUAUAUGAAGGCGAUGUUCCUCCUCACCGAAGCCCGCGACGGCACGGUCGAGCUGCUCCAAGUCAUGACUGCCAACCCGCUCGGGAAGCUACCAGCUUGGAUGUUCAACAAGACGUCGAUGGCGUACAGCCACAUGAGCGACGACUACGCCAAGUAUUUGCAGCAAAAACGGCUACUGGCCUACGUGGCGUCGAAGCGCAAGCCGCGCCACCCGAUCAAAAAGGCCAAGACGUGUUCGUCGUGCGCAGGUGCUUUCCGCGGUCUCCGCGCCCGCCACGAGUGCUGGGGCUGUCGCGAGAGUAUGUGUGGCAAGUGCGUCGUUCCGAUCCCGCGCGUUUUGAUCGGCGUCGACGGCUCGAUGAAGGCGGUACCGGACGAAUUCUGCAAGCGCUGCUUUCUCCAAGCGCGCUCCUACCGAACAUCGAGCAGUGCCAGCUCGUUCCGGUUGCAUGCGUCAGACGACACCACGGAACACUCGCACCACUCGAACCAGACGCGGUCCAGUUCCGGCAACGAAAGCUAUGCAAAAGACUUGACGGACGAGGACGACGUUCCGUCGGCGGUCCCGCCGCAAGCCGCCCCCGCCCCCGCCUUUGAUGCGAUGGACAUGGAGUCGCAUCUGAGUCAAAUGCAGCUCGGCAUCGAGACGCAACGGUACCUUGUGGCGCAGAUGCGCUCGCGUCUCGAAGCCCAAGCCGUCUAG